GAACUCCUUCACUCUAACCUUGCACUGCAACAUUCUCUCUCUCUAGCUUUCCGUUUGUUUCCUGAGAAAGUUCGGAGAGAAAAUGAUGAAGCCCUCGAUGCUCAGAUCCCUCCACUCUGCCCUUUCUAGGGGUUCUUCCCACCUUGGUCGUCGUAGCUAUUCGUCCGAAUCCGUUCCCGAGCGGAAGGUGGCUGUCCUCGGAGCCGCCGGUGGUAUCGGUCAGCCCCUUUCUCUGUUGAUGAAGCUAAAUCCUCUUGUUUCGAGUCUAUCCCUCUAUGAUAUUGCCGGUACUCCCGGGGUCGCUGCUGAUGUCAGCCAUAUCAACACCAGAUCUGAGGUGGCUGGAUACCAAGGUGAAGAAGAGCUUGGGAAAGCUUUGGAGGGAUCGGAUGUUGUUAUAAUCCCUGCUGGUGUGCCCAGAAAACCCGGCAUGACGCGUGAUGAUCUGUUCAACAUUAAUGCGGGCAUUGUCAAAUCACUUUGCUCUGCUAUUUCUAAAUACUGCCCCAACGCCCUUGUUAACAUGAUUAGCAAUCCUGUCAACUCCACCGUUCCCAUUGCUGCUGAAGUUUUCAAAAAGGCUGGGACAUACGACGAAAAGAGGUUGUUUGGUGUUACCACCCUUGAUGUUGUUAGGGCCAAAACUUUCUAUGCUGGGAAGGCCAAAGUUCCAGUCGCUGAUGUCAAUGUGCCUGUUGUAGGUGGCCAUGCAGGCAUUACUAUUCUUCCAUUAUUUUCUCAAGCAACACCUAAGGCCAAUCUGGGUGAUGAUGACAUUAAGGCUCUUACAAAGCGAACACAGGAUGGAGGAACAGAAGUUGUGGAAGCUAAGGCUGGAAAGGGUUCUGCAACUUUGUCAAUGGCUUAUGCUGGAGCCCUUUUUGCUGAUGCUUGCCUCAAGGGUCUUAAUGGAGUCCCAGAUGUAGUUGAAUGCUCAUUUGUGCAAUCCAGUGUCACUGAACUUCCUUUCUUUGCUUCCAAGGUGAGACUUGGGAAGAAUGGUGUGGAGGAAGUCAUGGGUUUGGGUCCGCUUUCAGAUUAUGAAAAGCAAGGGCUUGAAAGUUUAUUGCCUGAACUGAAGGCAUCUAUUGAGAAGGGAAUCAAGUUUGCCAACCAGUGAGCUUCAAUGCGGAAAUCAAAUUUUGUAAUUCCAGGACCAUUCUUGUGUGUUGCUGGCAGUUGUGGCAGCUUUGUUUUAUUUAGAGUAGGUAUACACCUUGAGUAAUAAUGAUUUCUAGGAGAGCAGUUUGUUACUCAAGUUAUCGAUCAUAAAACCAGUUUAGGCUGGCCAUUCUUAAAGACUGGAUUGGUCCACAUUUGCUUCAUGUACGAUUUCAUAUAAUGCAAUUGCGGGGUAUCAUACCCGUUUCUGUCA